CGCAGACACGCCAGAUGGAUACAGUUGGUUGAGGCGGACCCUUCAGUACGCACCAGAACCGACAGCUGAAAAAAAAAAAAAAAAGAAAGACAUCAGCGAAAGGGAUAUACGGACUGAUCAGCCACACCGCUGUUUUACAUGGAUACCGGCUGUUUCACCGCGGCGCAGCGUAUUUCGUGUCACACCAUGAAUGCGGAUUUAUUUAAGCCUGCUCCGGAGCGCGGACCCCAACAGUCCUCAGCCCCGGUGAAGACCAGCAGGAAUAAACCCGAACAAACCAAACCAGAGCUGGCUCAGGUGGUGACAGACUCCAAGACGGGCAGAUCCUACAGUAAAGGGAAGCUUCUGGGGAAGGGAGGCUUUGCUCGAUGCUAUGAGAUGACGGACCUCUCCAACAACAAAAUGUAUGCUGUGAAGGUGAUUCCACAGAGCAGGGUGUCCAAACCACACCAGAGGGACAAGAUCACAAAUGAGAUUGAGCUCCACAAAACCCUGUCACAUAAGCAUGUGGUGAAAUUCUCCCAUCAUUUUGAAGAUCAAGAAAACAUCUACAUAUUCCUUGAGCUCUGCAGUCGGAAGUCCCUGGCACACAUCUGGAAGGCGAGACAUACACUCACAGAGCCAGAAGUGCGAUAUUACCUCAGACAGAUCAUAUCCGGCCUCAAAUACCUCCAUAGCAGAGGUAUCCUGCACAGAGAUCUCAAACUAGGCAACUUCUUUGUCAAUGAGAACAUGGAGCUGCGGUUGGGAGACUUUGGCCUCGCUGCUAAGCUGGAGACAGUCGAGCAGAGGAAAAAAACAAUCUGUGGGACUCCUAAUUAUUUGGCUCCUGAGGUGCUCAACAGACAGGGCCAUGGCACGGAGUCUGAUGUCUGGUCCCUGGGAUGUGUCAUGUAUACACUGAUGUGCGGCAACCCUCCAUUUGAGACUCUUGACCUAAAGGAGACGUACAAAUGUAUAAAGGAAGUUCGGUACAACCUGCCCUCCACGCUUUCCCCUGCUGCACAGAAACUCAUCUCAGGCAUCUUGCAGAAGAAUCCCAGUGACAGACUCACCCUCGAUCAAAUCCUCAACCAUGAAUUUUUCACCAAAGGUUUCACUCCUGAUAAGCUCCCUCCCAGCAGCUGUGUGAUGGUGCCAGAACUCCACCCUCCCAGCCCUGCCAAGAAAUUCUUCACUAAAAUGGCCAAGAGCCUCUUUGGCAAGAAGAAAGCAAAAGUGGAGAAGAUUCCAUGCGAGGAAAAAGAUGACAAAGACAUCUCUAAGCUGGUGUCGGGCAUCGUUAAAUGCUCCAUCAACCGGCAGAUCAGCUACAAAACAGUGGGGCCCAAUGAGGUGCCCUCCCCCACUGGGCAGGUGGUCGGCUCUGUGCCUCUGGAACAGACUCCUGCUGAGGAGGAGUCCAGGAAAUCCAUCUCCCGCUCCUUCAAGGGCACCAUGGCCAGCAGCACUGAGCCAUGUGAGGAUGUCCUGACCCCUGCAGCUGUUUCUGAAGCAGCCAUGAAAGUUCUUAACAGCUGCUUGGCCACCAUGCCUGCAGCUACCAGAAACCCACCCUGUCUGUCUCGGCCACAGUCGUUCCUGUGGGUGACUAAAUGGGUCGACUACUCCAACAAAUACGGAUUUGGCUACCAGCUGUCCAACCAAAACAUUGGUGUGUUGUUCAAUGAGGGGACGCAUCUCAGUCUUUGCGAGCAGCGCAAGACAGUCCACUACUGCUUGACCAACAACAAACACUUCACUUUCCCAGCUAGCUCUUUACCUGAGCAGCUUCGCAGCCAGAAACAAAUUGUAGAGCUCAUGGCCAACUACAUGGAACAGAACCUUAUGGAGGGCGGAGAUCUGCAUUGUGAGGAACAGGUUUCUGGUCCUCCUCCUCUGCUGCUCCAGUGGGUGAAGACUGACCACGCCCUUGUCAUGCUCUUCAACAAUGGCACUCUGCAGGUUAACUUUUACACAGACCACACCAAAAUCAUCCUGUGCAAAUCAUCUGACGACUCCUACCUGCUUACCUACAUAAGCCGAGAACGAGUCUCAUACACUUACCUCCUCAGCAUGCUAACCGAGUUGGGCUGCACAUCUGAGCUACGACACAGACUCCGAUAUGUAGUCCAGCUGCUCCAGCACCACGCCGAUGCCUGAGAGCACAGCCGAGUGCCUCCCAGGCUGUCUGAAGUGACGGGUACCUUGGAGGCAACCUGACUAGUUAACACUUUUUCUUAGGCAGCCUGACUGGUUGGUACAAUCUUUCAAGGCAGUGCCAGAGGGGCUGAUUCUUAGUCAGCUGAUGGACGAAAGGCUGCUCGACUUUUCUGAGCAAUAUUUUUGUCUGGAUUGGUGCUUAGGCAGCUGAUUAUCAAGUUCUUGUGUUGAAGGGUCAAUGAACACUGAACAUCAAGGAGUCAGGACGUUGCCCGACGCAACAUCUGCCUCAAGGGUUUGUGCCUGGCCAGCUUAUGCCUCAGAGGUAUUAAUACCUAAAAGACUCUUACUCCCACCUGGCCUGUAAUGAUGGAUCCCUCACAGAUGGAUGCCUGAAUGAAACCCAAACUCCAAAUAACCUUCUCUCACUCACUGAAAACCACUGCUUCUUGGCUGGAUCAGUCAAAGCCACCAGCCAACCCUGCAGCUCUCGGCCUCCCCUGGUAGUUGAUCAUUUAGGCAUGGUUUCUCAAAGGUAUCUAAACACUAAAAUUGUCCCAAUUGCUUGCAACAGAUCCUGGAUAAUGUUUCAGCUGGACUGCUUUUAGGGUGUGUUCCCAAAAGUAUCUUAGCAGCAAGAUAUUUGCAAUGUUGACUUGUACUGAGAGUGUGAUCUUGCAAAGAUGCUUUGGGGAAAAUCUGUGGUUUAAUGAGAGCGAGACCCUCCUGCCCUCGGUUGGUUUCUGGCCUCUUUGGACUUGGUGCGCACACAUUUUGUUUUUUGUUUUUUUUGUUUUUUUUUUUUUUUUAAGAAAAGACAUGAGCCAGCUAUAGGAUCACACUACGACCUAGACCUCACAUGCACAAAAACAUUCCUGGCCUUAUAUGAUGAUAAUGAUGCUAAGGUUUGGAUAGUCAUUGCUUUUUCUUCUCUAACAUCACUUUUUUGUUUUUUUUUGUUUUUUUUUUGUUUGGUAGUGAAACAAAUUUCACUCAGCGGUACACAACAUACUAAAGGGGCUAUGGGAGCAACACAGUUUUGCACUGUAUUUUUUUUAAUUCAAUUUUUUUUUUUUUUUGGUAAAUUCAUCAGAAAGACUUUUUUACUACCACUUGUUAUACAUAUUUUAUUUGUUUUUAACUAUAUGCCAAAAGUCAUUUUUGUUUUUUAAAGUAGUCAUUUUAAUUUCACAGUAGUUUAAUAUGUGUGCCACAUGUGCUGGUUAACAGAACUGUUGGUUGGGAAUGAGGAAGGUUGGGGGGGGGGCGGGGGGAUGAUAUAAAAGUGCCUUUUUGAGGGAUGUCUGUAUAGUGCAAUAACAACUCUCUGUGAAUGUCAAGCUGGAUACAAACAAGAUUUUAGAUGGGAUUUACAGGUGGGAUUUACUUUUAUACUUGAAAGGAAGUCUAAGAGUAAGUCCAAUAGCACUACACUCUCACUACCUGGUAUAAGCUUUUAGAACAACUGUUAUCAUAAAUGUAUAUCCCAGUAAUAUCUAUUAUGGAAAAAAAAGAAAACAUUGUACUCUUGUUGUACUGUACUGUAAUCCUUAUCGGUUUACAUUGCUUUCUUGACCCAGAGUUGUAUCCUAAAAACUGUGACCUGGAAUGCAAGUGUUACGUACAAGUAUUGUGUUUUCAAAAACCCAACAUUGUGUAAAAGCCAUCUGCCAAUUCAGAAGAGUCUUUAUUUUUUGGCACAUGAUGUCCUGUUAUUUAUUUUUAAUUUAUACAUGUUUUUUUUAUUUAUUGAUGUGCAAAUGUUACGGUCUUGACACAAGGAAAUGUUCAAUUCCGAUCACCUUUUGUAUGUAAUGUAUUUGGGGAAGAUGGGAUUAAAAUAAAGUUAAUUGAAAACCAA